GCCGGGCAGUGCCGGCCCGGGAUGGCGCGGACCAAGGUGGAUCAGCGCGGACGGGCCUUUCGCAAGGUGUUGGUGGCCCGCGCUCCGCGGAAGGCGCUGGGCUCCAGCAGCAUCAACGCGCGGCCGCCGCUGCCCAGCAGGAGAGGUGACAGGCGGCCCGUGGGGCUGAACCGGGUCUGUGUGAGGCCGGUGCCCGCCUGGCAAAGGGGCAUCAGCGACUUCCUGAAGCUCCCAUCCAAGGAGAACCGGGCACCCGACGGAGAGAUGCCUGGCACCAGCAGCCUGGAAGCUCAGCCCCUGCCACUGGAUCCUGCUGAAGAUGGAGAGUGCUUGGAGGAAGAGCAGAUGUGAUCUGACCUCGAUUUUCAUGUUAAAAUGCUCCUCCUACUCGAGCUGGGUUUUGUACAUUUGUAUAGGUUUUUUACAAUUUUUUAUGGUUUCCUUUCAGCUUUUGUACAAAACUAAAAGUCUGAGAGAUGGCAUGAGCACUGGAGAAAUUAAUUAUUUUUUACUGUUUGGCAUUUAAUGUUCAUUGAAAAGCACUAGUUUAACUUUUAUCUUGGUUUGCCUGAGUUCCUCCUGCAUGUUGGGCAGCUUUUCUCUUUCAUCUUCUGACUGCCUCAUGCUUGUCCAAGACUUGCAUGAUCGUGGUUGUUCUGUUUCUGAAAAGCAGAUCUUCAUUGUUUUAAUAAACUGAAGCCUUCUGAGCACA